AUGGCACCGCAGGCCCUCACGCAGACGGUCACAAUCAUCAACAACUCGGGAAAGAUUAUAAGUACCGGCAAACAGCUCGCUGGCAUCUUUAAAGAAGCCAAAGCACACUACCAGGACAAAAAGGCCUCUAUCAGGGCCGACCGCGAACUCAAGCGAGCCCAAACCUUCGACACAUCCCGCGAUCUUCCUCCCGAGGCCUUCGAGCGCAGACUCUCCUACGAUGAUGGCCAAUCCGUCGCCAGCUCCCGCAGGAGUUACCGCUCCAGGCGGUCCCAUUACCCGGACCAGGAGUAUUAUCCUCCCGCGAGGCCAGCCCUGACCGAGAACAAUCUCAAGACACAUUCCGAGGUGUCGAGCGUCACUCCCUCGAGGGCGCCUCCCGCCGUAUACCGCUCCCCCUAUGCCGAGACAGCUCCUCGCGAUAUGGCCAUGAGCCGCCCGACGAUGCACCACUACACAACCGCCCCACCAUGCAGUGACAGUCUCGCCGAUUCCGCCACGAUUCGCGGCGCCAACAUCCCCCGCACAAUGUCUUCGCCCGCGGUACCGACGGGCGGCAAGAAGAAGAAGGAAAUAGACAUGGACCUCGCAUACGGCAACAUCCCCCCGGAUCUGGCCGAGCGCACCGACCUGGACCCCAAGGAGGACCAGGCGAAGAGCCUGAUUUCCCGUGUCGAGGGACUCCUCGAGGAAGCCCACUGCAUCCAGCACACAGCGACGGCCACCAUCGCCCACCUGCAGAAGAACCCCGAUGCCGCUGCCGCCGUGGCUCUUACUCUCGCCGAGUUGUCCACUCUGUUGAAGGGCAUGUCCCCCGCCUUCCUUUCCGUUAUCAAGGGAGGUUCGCCCGCCGUCUUCGCCCUCCUCGCCUCGCCUCAGUUUCUCAUCGCGGCCGGUGCAACUCUCGGCAUGACGGUUGUCAUGUUCGGUGGCUGGAAGAUUGUGCAGCAGAUCAAGGACGCCAAGGCCCAAAGGGAGGCCAUCAUGGCGAAUGCCAUCGCCAUGGAAGCCCAGCCCGCGCCGCUGCCGCCUCCUACCGAAUACGCCUACGAGCAAUACGACCCGUACGCACAGCCGCGUGAGGGCAGCGUGGUUUAUGAAGAGGCCGUCGUUCUCGAUGAGCGUCUGGAGGAGGAGCUAAGCUCCAUCGAGUCCUGGCGCCGCGGGAUCGCUCCCAUGGGCGAGGACGAGAGCGUCGACAUGGAACUCAUCAGCCCCGAGGCUGCGCGGUCCAUCCGUGGCGACCCGGACACCCGCUCGGAGCGAAGCUUCCGUACAACCCGCACUGCCAAGACGCACCGCAGCUCAAGGACCGAGAGGUCGCACCACUCGACUCAAUCACACAGGUCGCACCGCAGCAGUGCCAGCAUGCGGGAGUCGGAGAUCCCGGAGCGGAAGAGCAGCAUCGCGCGAUCGGAGCGGGGUGACGCUGAGAGCGUUGCCAGCAGCCACCGCAGUCACCGAAGCUCGGCGUCGAAGCGGACCGGCCGCGUGUCGAUGUUGACCAUUGAGGAAGGCAAGAGUGUGAAGGACGACGAGAUCAUCGAGCUUGCAUCGCGCCCCAAGAAGAACAACAUGCUCAGGUCAUUGUUCAAGAAGAAGGAGAAGGAACACAGGGAAAGAGAUGAGAGAGUCUCCGCUCUCGUGUUCUAA